AAAAUAAUAAUAAAAAGAAAAUUUGAUUGACUAUUAUUCGUACAUUUUUAUUUUAUAAGAAUAAUAAAGACCAAAUGAUAUUUGUUAAGUUAAAUAUAUUUUUCAUAGUGUAUAAUUUGUUAGUUAGACCAAUGCCCGCUUUAGAUGCGCCACAAGUGUAUCAUUAUUAUCAGACCACCAGAUAUACAAUGCAAAACGAAUGGCCACCAGAUAUGGAAAUUGCCAAUGCAGCACCAGUACAGCCACCGCUACCACAACCGGCAGCCUAUUAUAUAACACCGGUGGCUGUGCCGGUAAUAAAACCUACUUUAAUUAUUCCACCAACACCACCGUCAACAAGUACAACUACUACCACCACCACCACGACUACCACAACAACAACUAUGAAACCUUUAAUGCCCACCAGUAUGAAACCGGUAUUAUUUUUUAAGCCUCCCUUAGUGCCGGCAGUAUUUCCAAAUAAAUUAUCCAGUGAUUUGGACGAUGCAACGGCAAAUGUAGCUCCUUUAAAUCCAGCACCAAUGUUAAAACCAAAUCCUUUUGUUAAUCCUCAGGGUAAAAAGAUACAAUUUUCAUCCAAAAGUAGUAUAGGAAAUCCUCUACAUACCAAUAACUUUAAUAAGUUUAAUGGACCACAACGCAAGGAAGAGGGUGCCUUCUGUCGACGCAGUUUUGAUGGACGUAGUGGUUAUUGUAUAUUGGCCUAUCAGUGUCUGCAUGUUAUACGUGAAUAUCGGGUACAUGGUACUAAAAUCGAUAUUUGUACCUAUCGUAAAAAUAUACCAGUGAUAUGUUGUCCCCUGGCCGAUAAACAUAUUGAUGAUCAGAGAAUUAGUGCACAGAAAUGUCAAGAAUAUCAUGAAGCUGUAAGGGGCAUUAAACUAGGUUUACCUCGGCAUUUGUCGGGUAAAAUAUGCGUAGCAAGUAUACCCUUAAUAGUUGGUGGGGAAAUUACCCAAAGAGAAGAAUAUCCUCAUAUGGCCGCUUUGGGUUGGACUCAAAGCGAUAAAGAAUUAAAAUGGGGCUGUGGCGGUACUCUAAUCAGUGAUUUAUUUGUGUUAACGGCAGCUCAUUGUGCUACAUCAGGAGGCAAACCCCCCGAUAUGGUACGUUUGGGUACACAAAAUCUAAAUCGUACUACCGAAGACCAACAGGAUAUAAAAAUCCUAAUAAUAAUACUUCAUCCCAAAUAUCGAUCCUCUUCUUACUAUCAUGAUAUAGCACUACUAAAACUUACAAGACGUGUACGUUUUUCACAACACAUACAACCAGCUUGCCUUUGGCAAUUACCCGAUCUGGAAAUGUCUACCGCAAUUGCUACCGGUUGGGGUCGUACUGAAUUCUUGGGUCCCAAAUCGGAUGAAUUGCAAAAAGUUGAUUUAAACAUUAUCGAUCAGAAGACAUGCAAGGAAAUCUAUCGCAAAGAAAGACGUUUGCCACGUGGUAUAAUCGAGGGGCAAUUUUGCGCUGGCCACUUGGAGGGUGGAAAAGAUACAUGUCAGGGAGAUUCGGGCGGACCAUUACAUGCAGAAUUGCCGGAAUUUAAUUGUGUUAAAUUUAUUAUUGGCAUAACAUCGUUUGGUAAAUUUUGCGCUGCACCCAAUGCACCGGGUGUUUAUACGAAAAUUUAUUCUUAUUUAGACUGGAUUGAGAAAAUUGUAUUCAGGGGUUGAAUGAUUAUAUGAAGUAAAAAUAUUUUAUAUAGAGUAAAUGUAAAAUAUAAUUUUUUGUGUGUUUUUAAAGAUUUAAGCUAGGAAUGACCAAUAAAAUAUGAAAAAAAGGAUUUUUAAUAAAUUUUACUGUGAUUUAAAAAAAU